AUGAAGAAAACCUUUGAGAUGGUUGUUAAAGGUAACUGCUCCUUUGAUCUCAAAACACUGUGUAACUGGCGGAAUGAAAGGAUAGGAGAUCAUUUUGAUUGGCUACUCCGGCAAGGAGCUACUCCUAGUUUAAACACAGGACCGAGCAGCGACCACUCAGGAGGUGGAAGAUACAUCCACAUCGAAGCGUCAUAUCCAGCAAAACAAAAUCAGUUCGCAGAGCUGCUAAGUCCUUUCAUCUGGGGACCAAAAUGUUUACACUUCUUUUAUCACAUGUAUGGAUUACAUAUAGGAAGACUUGAUGUAUUAGUGAGGGCUACGGGACAACGGCAAAAUUACCUGACUUGGCAAAGAACAGGAAACCAAGGCAAUCAGUGGAGAAAGGCCGUUGUCUUUAUACCUUUUGUGGGCGAGUUUCAGGUGGCACUACAAGGAGUCGCUGGCCAGAGUUACCAAGGGGACAUUGCAGUCGACGAUGUGAUAUUGACGGAUGGAAUGUGUGUAGAUCAAUCCGAAACCUCAGUAUACAUAAAGUCAUGGAACAAGGAGAGUUUAAAGAUUCCAAACAGCAAAACAACCUCUUGA